AAAAGGAAGGAGUUUGCUCUGAAAUUUCUCAAAAAGAGAAAAAAACCGAGUUCAAUUCCUUUUUGGAUUUGCCACCUUUCGGAGUAAUUUUCAACAUUAAAAUAAUUAUUAUGGAUAUCAUUAGAUUUGAAGUAAAAGGUAAACAAUAUCUCUAUCUGCCAAAAAAGAAAGAGCAAAUUUUUCGCAUCGAUUACCAGAAAAAUGCUAAAAAGGAUGAUGAAAUUUUUUUUGAUAAAGUUUUGCAGAUAGAUAAUGAAUUCGGUCAGCCCUAUUUAGCCAGUAAAUUGGAGCCUAAACUGCCUGUUAGAUUGCGAUUUAGAGCCCAAUAUACCGAAGUAAAAAUAUUAGAGGUAGAAACCGGAAACAUUGCUGGAAACCAAGCGGAGGGCGUUGCCGGAGAGCAAA